CGAAGCUUCGAGCAUUUGUUGUUGUGGUGGCUGUUCGUUUUGUUGUUGCAUUUAAAAGCAGAGCAAAUUCACUGGCACAGAAUAACAAUUAACAAAAUGCUUUAAUUGCAUUAUUGUCGCCUAUGGGAAAGUAGUUAAAUGUGGCAGUAAUCUCAGUAGCACCAACAAAUAUAUUCGUUUUUGGCUUGUGACAUCAUCAUCAGGACACAGCCACGGCUCCUGCUAGGGUCCCUCCCACUUAACAACAUGAACGAAUGCCGCCAAAUUACAAAAAACACAAAAACAACAACUAAUUCGAUAAUAUCCACCAAAACAGUCACUAAGAAGCAUUUGAUUUUGGAAAAAAGAAUCAUGUCGGGCAAUUUGGAGGAUUGUCCUUCUCAAAAUUCGUCCAAUGGCCAGGAAAUAUCAGCAGAGGAUCGAUUGGCAAUCGAGGAAAGGCAACGCAAGGCAUUCGCUUUCUUUACGAACACCCUAACUAUAUACAGCGUUGAGGAGUUAAUCUUUUGCUUUAAUGGUGGCAAAGAUUGCACCGUCCUACUUGACCUCCUCAUGCGUUUCCUUCGCCAGGAGAACAUCUCCAGCGGUGACAUUCCCAUGUUGUAUAUCAAAUCUGGUGAUUCGUUUGCCGAAAUCGAUGAUUUCGUUGAGCGUUGUGUUCGCAAUUAUCGCGUGGAGUUGGUGGAAUAUGAGGGAUCCCUGAAGGAGGCACUCACCCAUAUGGCGGCGGAUAUGCCAAGGAUAAAGGCCGUCUUCGUGGGCAGCAGAAACACGGAUCCCUAUUGUCAGCAUUUGGCGCCGAUGCAGCCCACGGACAACGACUGGCCACCGAUGAUGCGUCUGAAUCCCUUGCUGGAAUGGGGAUAUCACGAUGUCUGGCACUACAUCCACAUGAAUUCGGUGCCAUACUGUAGUCUGUACGAUCGGGGCUAUACCUCCAUUGGCAAUCGUUCCAACACAAUUCCUAAUCCGCAUCUUAGACGCCACGAUCCUCAGUGCGACUGUGAUACCAAUUCCGAAUGCUCUUGUAAUCCGGAUGGUUAUAGACCCGCCUGGGAGCUGGCGGAUCCCACUCAAGAACGUGCUGGUCGCCUGCCCAGGAAGUAGUACAAUAAUACCUUUUUGAAAUCCCAAAACGAAGAGCAGUGCCUGUCGCGUGGCUGUAGUGCAAUUUUAUAUAGCUUAGACUUUAGUUAGUCACAAAUUUGUAUAUAGAUAUGUAUAUUCCCUUGUGAUUUGGAUUUCGGUGUAAAGACUUAAUCUUAAAUUGUUUUUUACGUCCUAAGCUAGGCUGCUGAAUAAAUAUGUGGGCUCUGUCAUCGAGCCACUUAAGCAGGA